AUGUGCCUCAGUGGAAUAAACAAUAAUAAUAACAGCAACAACCUGAAAAAAAUCUUCAAACUUUGGCGAAAUUUAAAGACUUGGUUGGACCAUCUAAAGGGUCUUUCAAUAGGGACUUCCGAACUUUUACAGUUGAUAGCGGCCAUCUUGUUGACAGCUGUAACUUGGAAGGACAAUAAAGCUGUCAUUUUCCUAUCUUCAUAUGUUGGAGCAGAACCUGUCUCCCAAGUAGAAAGGUUUGACAAAGCGAAUAAGACUAGGUCAAGAUUUCUUACCCACAUAUUAUACAGGAAUACAAUGCCCAUAUGGGCGGAGUGGACCUCAUGGACAGCUUCAUUGCUUCUUCAGCUGUACUCUGUAACAAACGAGGAAGGCCCCGCACCAGUUCCAAUGUUGAAAUGGAAAUUAAAGCCAAAAAAAGGCGAGGGCCUGUUCAACAUGUUCCACAUAAGGACUGAUAAUGUUGGUCACUGGCCCGACUGGUGCAAAAUGCCUAGGUGUAAGGGAUACACACGAACAAGGUGUGAGAAGUGUAGAGUAGCCCUUUGCCUUACUAAAUCCAAGCAUUGUUUCAAAGAGUUCUAUAUGUAA